AUGCGAUGCGCUGGGAGCACCCCGCAAUUUGUUCCCUCAUCUUCAGCCUCGGGCACUUCGCCAGCAGAUCUUCCUAUUUAAUCCCUGACAUCCAUUGUCACCACAUCUUUCAGCAUUAAGCUCGGCGAAAAUCGAUCAGGACACGUCCAAUUCAAUCGCCAGUCAAUCAUCAACUCACCCGCAGGAAUCAUCGCACCAGUCAAACAACAAUGUCAACCCCAGGCCUAACCUUCGUCAUCUCACGACCAAAGGAUCCCCAAAAGACGUCCGACGAUCUCUACAACCGUUUCUACAACGAAGAACACCUCCCCGACAUCGUAGCACUAAUGAAGCGCCUCGACUUCCCCGCUCUCGCCCUCCGCUACCAAAACGCCGACCCGGCAUCGACUCGCAUCCCCUACCUGGCUCUGUACCCCUACCCAGACACGGCGUGGCAAAAGACACCCGAACGCACGAAGUUCAUCGAAAGCACGCGCCACAGCCGCGUCCUAGGCGGCGACAUUUACGAAGCGGUCGACUUUGGUUUCCGACUGUACGAGAAAAUCCAAACGUUCGAAGGGUACGGGCACGCGGAGAAGAGCGGGCGCGAGCGCGGGCAAACGAUCGUGUGCGUCGCCAUGGAGCCCGGCGCGAGCGAGGAGCAGCAGGCCGAUUUCGAGGACUGGUAUCGCAAGCAGCACCUCGAUAUGCUGAGUAUGUGUAAAGGGUACCGGCGCACGACGCGGUAUCGCCGGACGGACGGGGUGAAGCCGCGGUUUCUAGCGUUGCAUGAGUAUGCUUGCGAGCCGGACGAGUUGCCUAGUGAGCAGAUUGCGCAGGUGAGUGCGACGGAGUGGACGAAGAAGAUUCUGGCCGAAGCGGAGGUGUUUGAGAGGGAUGUUUUACGGCUGGUGCAUGUGGAGGGGGAUGAGGGGGUGAAGUUGUGAGGGUGGGCACCGAUGGAGAAGGGCCAAAUCAGGAGGAAUAUCGAUUCGGUGUAUACAUCAGCAAUGUUCUUGAUAUAGCAGACGAUGUGUUCGGCAAGUGUUGCUGCGAUGUGGAAAGCUGGAUGAGUCAGAACAUGAACGACAUA